GGUUACCACGUGUUCGUCGACAGCGAUGGGGGAAAAAAUCAUCGACGGCGGCCAACGGCGGCCAUUUGGAUGCCCGUCCACGUGGUCGACGUUGAAAUGCCUGGGACAGACGGUGAUCUUGGUGUCGUGCGUUUUCAACUACGUGAUGACGCCGCACUUCGAGUGCGUACUGGAAGGCGGCUACGGGACCACGAUGGCCGUGAACCCGAUGGCGUGGGUGUACUCGCGUUCGGUGAGCGUCGCGUGCUUCAUGGCGUACGCGGUGAUGUCGGUCAAGUACCGCGGCGGCGUGGCCGAGUACCGGGCGCGGAUCGCGCUGCACGACGCGUACUCGCCGACCACGGACGCGGAACGCCGCGCGUUCGCGACGUUCAACGCGGCCGUCGCGUCCGCGUGCGCGCUGCUCAUACUUCCGGUGAACGGCAUGCGGCUGUUCAGGUUCGUCGAGGACCGGCGCCCGAUCGAGGUGAUCGUGUACUUCGGGCUCAUAUACUCGCAGAACGCGCUCACGUGCCUGAUGGAGACGCGGUUCGUGCUGCUGUGCUACGUGCUGUACACGAAGUUCGUCCGGAUCAACCGGGACAUGGAGACCAUCGGCGACCAGCUGGCCGCGGACCGCGGUUGCCCGUCCGUGCGGCGGUCGCGUUUGGUCGCGGCGCCCGUUCGCCGUCGUCACGCGAACCGCCGCGGUCACUAUUGGGUCCGCGACGACGGCGACAUGUACCGUUUGCGGGCCACGGGUCAGCGGCUGGUGGACGCCAUCGAGCGGCUGAAGAUCAGGCACCGGUUGAUGCGCGAGGCCGUGGACGAGCUGCAGUACGUGUUCGCCGUGCCCGUGGGCUUCUCGUUGUGCAACCUGUGCGUGAUGGGCCUGUUCGACAUCUACUACCAGCUGCUGAACAUGUACAUCCAGCAGAGGAGCAACCGGUCGAGCGCGUACAUCUACCUGUGGCUCAUGCAGUACAUGCUGAGAUUCUUCAUCAUAGUCAUAACGGUCCACGCCGCGACCAAUCAGGCGCUUCGAUCGAAAUAUUUAAUCACGCACGUAAGCAGAAACUGUUUGGACGUUAGCACAAAGGAAGAGCUGCAAAUAUUUUCGAACCAAAUAAGCAGCACUACAAUGGAAUUUACAAUAUGUGAUCUCUUCACUCUGAACACAAAACUCUUCGCUUCCGCAAUGGCUGCAAGUAUUACAUACCUAAUUAUAUUACUUCAGAUGAAAACGGAAGCGAAUGAUAUUUAUUAAAAACUAUUAGAUUCUCAUACCUACACAGAAGUAUAUUAAAAUGAUGUUCACCGAUGUAACUGUAGGUAUAGGGAUUAAGUUUUUACUGUAGUGUAAAUUAGGGUCAGCUCCCAUUUAGCCGCCUUACCAUUUAUCCAAAUUUAUUUUUUGAGUAACUUAGUUAACUAAGAAUUACAUACCAGUUAACUAUACAUAUAACUAUAUACAUGUAUAUGUAUUUAUAU